CGUAUGGUUCAACGCAAAAAUGAUCAAGAUAAGCUGGUUGAGGAAUGUGUUUUGACAGCGGACGGAAGAAAAUUCAUACUGAGUAAAGCAGAAAAUACGGAUUGUGUACUAGAUAACUACAAGUUGUGCCAUUUUCAUAAUAAGGAUGAUUUCGCGGUCAUAGCAGGCAUUUACAAAAACAGAAAAAACGAAACAAAUGCCAAAGAUUUCCGAAAUAUACGUAACAACUAUGGAAAAGAUAUGAUAUCUAAAGAUUGGGUUCUGGCGAACCCUAUACUGAGUGAAAAGCACAUCUCUUGUGUACGCCAGUUAAUAAAAGAAGGAAUAACGCCUUUUCCAUACAAAGUAGCUAAAGCUUUGGAUCCCAGCAUUUACAGGAACAUAGAGUUUGAUUCUUGGAGUGACAAACGGCGUGAAAUAAAGUAUCGCAACUGGUAUUGUGGAGGUAGUUGCCUGCAAAUUGGUGUAAAAUGUAUGGUGAGGUUGGAUAAAAAAGAUGAUCGACCUUCCAUUUGCUACAUUCAAGAUAUGCAGCCAAACAGAGGACCGUGUAUUGUUUAUAUUGAAGAAAUAGCGGCGUGCCGCACUGUCUCAUUUGACCAGCUUCAACCUUUACCGAUUGAACAGAUCAAACCAUUUGUUACACAUAAAAAAUCACGAAAAAUAGAUUUGUUGUGUCAACAAACUAUUCAAAAUCAUUUCCACACUCAUAUUCAAAAGAGAUAUUCCAAAACGAAAGAUAAAAGCCUAUCCAAAAUUGAUAAUUUCGAAAGCGGCGAUCCUACUAAAAUAAACAGCUACUCGAAAAAAUCAAUACUAUUAGAAGAUUUUAAUAGCAUGUAUAAUUUCCAACAAGUUGCUCCGGUGGACAUGAUAAUUAUGCCAGUUAUAACUAAAACCAUCAAAUUAGGAAAAUAUGACAGCGAUCCUCAAAGGGACAUCAGCUGUCGUUCGCACCCACCAGAGGCUGACGAUGCAGUUGUGGACUCAAUGUCGCCAAAGUUUCAUGACAUAGUUCAAUCGGGUUACUCUCCUGAAGCAUCGGACCUGCAUAAUCCUAUAGCUCCAUUCGCAUUUUAUGCACAGCCUCCGCCGUUUAGCAUUGCAGCACCGAUACCGUACACAUACUAUGGAGUACCGAAUCCUUUGCUAACUAUUGCAGGUCCGCUGCAUGAAGGAAGUAAUGAAUACAUGCCAAAUUACAGUGUAUGUCAUAGCGUCCUACCAAAUGGAAAUGAUUUACCAUAUCAUGAUCCAGUUACAUUACGAUUUUUCUUCAAUUUGGGAAUCGAUUAUUUUCGUUUAAUGAACACGCAAUGUGGGUUUCCAAUGGAAAUCCCACCUUUUGAUAUGAUCGAAACGCAAGGAUGCGAUAAUGAUAACAUUCAAAAUGUUAAUAGUCAAAAACUAUCAAACACUCAGUCCUACGUUCGGUCUAAUAACGAAAAUAACGAAAGUAACAGUGCUCAGAAUAAUUCAAAUGGAAUGUCACAAACAAAUCGUAGAUACAGCUGUAAACAGAAAGCUACGAAAAGAACAGAUUACAAUUCAAAGCCCAAUACGACCAACAUAUUAAAAACUCAUAAUACAAACUUGGAAACUAAACAAACAAUUUCAGUUGCUAAUGAACUUUCUAAUGAUGUUUAUCCAGGCACGGAAUUCUUACCGACUCCUCUAUGUCAUCCAUCGGUGUAUUCAUCCACACCAGUCAGCACCAUCCAUCCAGUCGGCAUACCCUAUUAUACGGUGGACAAUGCAAAUGUGGACUUAACACAACAGUCGGCUUGUUUUUUACCUCCGUAUAUGGUUAAUCCAUACGGCACUUUCAUUCCACCACCCAACGGUUUUAUUGUGAAGCAGCCAGAAUUCGUACCAGAUAGCUUAGAAAAUACGGAAAAUGGGAGUGUUGCUGAAAUUCUAGACUACAGUGGAAUAUCUGGUUUCCAGACUCAGGGCUCCGCACCUUGUUAAAAAGUAUGUACAUUUACCGUCUUUUAUUUUAAAUGAAAAAGCGACGCCCAUUUUUGAUGUGACGGGGCACCCUAGGAAACACAACCGUCACCAGUGCCGUGUCGACGAACUUGUUAAAUUGUUGCCAAUAAUUGUAGAAUUCUUAAAACAUGUUACAGGGUGGCCACAUAACCGAAAAUCGACAAAAAAUGGGAAUUGAAAAUCGCACCGGGAAAACUGCGAAUUUAUGUCCAAAACCAGGAAAAACACAAAAGCAAACCAAAAUUCAGUUUUGGUUUCAAGAUCAGAGGUUUUACCAAAAAUUCAAAAUUACUAUUUAAAUUUCCAGAUCAGAACAGUUCCAAAAAUUUGUGGGAAGAAAACCAUAAGUUUUGA